AUCGGUUUCAGAAUUCAGAAAAAUAAUUUCAGUUCCGACUUCAGUUAUAUUUUUAACAACUGUGCUGCGUAGAUAUCACAAAGGAUGCAGCAGCUAACAGUGUUUAUGGAUAUUGAGAGUUCGCGCUCCUACAUCGACGAGCUGUACUCCACGGACCCCGAUAAAUUGAUGGAGGCACUGGUGACACUGAAAAAUUCCGUGAUCGGUAGCAAUCGGCAAAAGAGUUCCGUGAUACAGCAAGGCAUAGUUCCAAGAUUGUUGCAGUUAAUGACGGAUGAUAAUCUGGAUGCGAAUAUAAGGCUUGAAGCUACUAUUACGAUUGGAUCUUUAGCAAAGGGCACUCCAGAAAAUGUAGCUUCUCUAGUAGGACAUGGUACAACAUUGGUACUAGUGGAGUUACUCAAAGUUGUGCCAACAGGGUUACGUUUAGCCGAAGCAUGCUUGUGUGCUCUGAGAAGUAUUUUUCAACAUCCACCCGCACCCAUUGCUGCACUACCAGCUGAUAUGCGAUUCUUGACAAGGCUGACACAAAUAGCCAGAGAAGGUUCAUCCACAUCACGCGCUUGCGUUGUACGCAUAUUAUCUAUAUGGUGUGGAGGUCCAAUAGAACAAGAAGCAUUAUGUGUAGCUGGUGCAUGUGCGGCGAUCGCUGCACUGUUAGCUACCAGGGGGUUUACAUCACCACCUUUAGCCAGGGCUCUACCGGCUUUGGAUUUACUUGCUGCUAUGUGCUUCGAAAAUGCCAAUGUGUCUCAAGUCGCAAUCAACACUAGGCAUGGUGAAAAAACAAUACCGGAAUUGCUAACAGUGCUUGUGUCGCGAGACAAACCGUUGCCUGUCGCGAUGGGUGCCGCCAGAUGUCUCACCUUCAUCCACAGAGCUGGCGCUUUGGCCUCUGAUGACAACAGAGUGGUUUUCGGAGCACUGCCCUGCCUGGCCAGACUUUGUACAAAGGAAAUGCCUGAAGACAUAAGAGCAACAGCUGCAGAAACGCUAGCAUACCUAGCAGAGGUGGAUACAGCCCUCCAAAGGCUAGCAGCGAUAUCCAAUCACCUGAUGAGUUCAUUGGCAGAAAUAGUGAACUGCCCGUCCCCAGCAGCGAAGCAGGGUGCUUUCAAGUGUUUCGCCUCCCUCGGGGCUAACGACGAAGAUAUCAGGAAGAGGAUUAUUGAGACCCACGGCCUCAUGGUGCACGUGGUCAAUGGCAUGAACAACUCUGAACCAUCUGUGAGGUUAGCAGCAGUUAGAUGCUUGCAUUCACUGUCAAGGUCAGUUCAGCAGUUACGGACAACAUUUCAGGACCAUGCAGUUUGGAGGCCUCUCAUGCAGCUGUUGAACGAGUCCCCCGGCACAGAACUGCUAACAGUCGGCUCAUCAACGCUCUGCAAUCUGCUGCUAGAGUUCUCUCCAGCCAAAGAACCCAUGUUAGACCAAGGCGCUGUAGAAAUGCUAUGUAAUUUAACAAAGAGGCCUGAAGCGGCACUAAGAUUAAAUGGAAUUUGGGCACUCAUGAAUAUGGCUUUUCAGGCAGAACAAAAGGUAAAGCAGCGUAUCCUAUGCUGUCUGGGCACCGAGCAGAUGUUUCGCCUACUUGGAGAUGGUGAUACGCGCGUUAUCAUGAAGACACUGGGCUUGCUAAGGAACUUGCUCUCGACGAGGAAUCACAUCGACGCUAUAAUGGCUGAAUAUUCCUCACAAGUUAUGCAGGCAGUGAUAGUGGUGUUAGAAGGUUCAUACCCCGCCGAAGUAAAGGAACAAGCGCUCUGUAUUCUGGGCAACAUUGGUGAUGGCGAGAAAGCGAAGGAUCUCAUUAUGGCGAACGAGGACGUGUUGAGGAAGCUUGUUGAUUAUUUGGCGCAUCCGGAGAGCAAGUUGCAAGAGGCGGCGUUGUUUGUGGCGGGUAACUUGGUGUGGCGAGGCGAGGCAGGCGCGGCGGCGAGGCAGGCGCGCCUCGCGGACCUCGGCGUACUGCGCGCAUUAAAGCUGUUGCGAGCGAGGCAUGACGCGCACCAUCUCCACGAGAAGGUGAAAACCGCGCUCGCUCAAUUCAGCGACUUGACAUAAGGUGAUUUUUGUUUACUAAAAAAAACAAGAAAAAAAUGAAAACUGUCAGCCUUCAUACCACGCUUGUAAUUUAGUCGGGAACUGUGAGUAAUCGAGUCAUAACAGUUAUCUAAUGAAUAGUUCUACGUAAUGAUGCUAAGUAUUCAAAUGUAUAUAGCUAAGAUUGCUGUUAUCUCAAGUGAGGAAUGUUAUUAAAGUUAUUUAUUUUAGUUUUAUCAUGUUAAUAGUGAUAGUCAUCACUGAUCACUUGUUCACUCUAGCUAAGGCUCACAAUAUCAACUCAACAUUGAUUCGACUCAAUUAAAGCAUACAAUUUUGAGCUUUAUAUCAUGUGAUUUAAAGUAAACUUUUGAAAUGUUUGUUCUAGUAGUAUACAAUAAGUGUACGACACGUCACAUGGGUAAUCAAACAUUACUCAUGCUAGAUUACCCACGCGUCAUACAUUGAGUAAAAUAAUAUUAUAUAAUACAUAAAAUGCAAAUUUCGAUAAUUUAAUUUGAGUCGCGUCAAUGUUGAGUCGAUAUGGUAUGCGCGGGCCUUUAUUCUUGUUCUAUUUUGUUGUUUUUCCUGAGUUCUCGUAAUGUUUUUAACCAAGAUAAAAGAGAUCAUUGAAUCACUUUUAUUUUAAGAAACUACUGUCAAGAAUAAAUGAUGGAAUAGACACAAACGUAUUGUUGUUUGCAAAGUCAUAAAUAAAAAUUAAGAUAUUAAAAAGCAUGGUUAAUAAUAUUGUUUGAUCUAUUGGAAGUAAUACUAUUUGAGACUAUAUAAUUGUUUGUGAUAUCCAGAACUCUUUGAUAUAGUCCAAACUAGCACAAAGGGCUGUUGCGUCUAGAUAACAAUUUACCCAAGUAAAAUUUUAAAUUGUGUAUGAAGUUUACAUACAUACUCCAUUGUUUCUUACCUAUCUGUACAUAUAUCUUAUACAGUGUAAACAAUUUUUUUUCUACUUUUUAGUGUAAUAUAUGUUUAAAAAACAAGUGUUUUAAUAAAAAAACAAUAAAAUACAAAAGAUCAUUCUAUGUAUGUGUGUUUUCAGUCAUUUUUAACAUACUUUACCGAAAGUAACAAAAAAAAUUGCUAGCAUCUUAUGGCUGGUAAGAAUAAAUGGACGAAAGCGGGUACUAUUUUUGAUGGUCGAUUUCUUGUACUAUAAUUUGAAAUUUUAAAUUUUUCACUAUUUAUAGUGAUCUCGGCGAUAGGAAAAUGUAGUCUGACUACAUAUAGCUUAAUUUUUUAGGGCAUUUUUUGGCUUAAAUGACAAUAUAUUGUAAUGAGAAUGAAUAUGCAAGUAGGGAAAUGUUGGGUACAGGAAUGUGAAGUGAUACGAAAGUGAUUGUAGCUUUUGAUAGAAGGUGUGUGAUAUUUAAUAUAUUUGAAUAUCUGGAAUGGUAAAAUAAGAAAUUGUGGGGGAUGGAAAUAUAAAGAAUGGAGAUGUACGAUGUCUUAAUUCAGACUUUGCCCUGGGUGAACAAGGAUGAAACAAUAAUUAUACUUCGUUAAUUCUAACCUCUCUCUACUUUUAGUGUGUAGGAACAUUUUAGUUAAAAAUAAAGAAAAAGCCUCUAUUCUUGCAUACAAUGUGUCUCUAUUACUUAUGUUAUAAAGUAACCUAUGUUACUCACCUGCCCAUAAAUUAUCUCAUAAAAAAAAUCCCGUCGUUGUGUGUCUGAAGGACAUUUUCACAAACAAACUUGUCAUUUAUAAUUUUAGUAAGGGUAAUGAU